AUUUAACUAAUGGCAUUGAAUCUGAUACACUCAAUGUCAAAUUUCCUCAAUUAAAAUUUCAGCUUGAUAAAUAGCAUAUUAUCAUCUUACAUACGGAAUAUAAUUAAAUGUUUGGCUUCUGUUAACCGUAAAAAAAUAUACUUAUUUUUUAUCAGCCAUGAAAUUACUUGCAGGAAUUCUAUUCGUAGCUUUCGUAACUGAUCAGAGUACAGGUCUGAAAUGUUACACUUGUGAAAAGGGAGUGCUCACCAACGGAACAAUGCUCAACUGGACAGAUUUUGGAAACUGUGACGAUUUUCAUAAAGUUAGUGACGCAGAGAGGAAGAGAAGUUUCUCAGUGGAUUGUCCACCUGAGAGCAAAGGUUGCUGGCAAUCUGUAUCGGAAGGACUACCGUUUUCAGGAGGAAAAUUAAACACGGAACUUUACUCGUGCCAUCAUUCCGGUCUGCAUGAUAAUCAAAGGGAAGAAUUAAUUUUUGGACAGUGUGUCAAUUUAAAACGGAAUGGAAUAGACUCUGUGAAGGCCUGUCUCUGUCGAGGAGACUAUUGUUUAGUUAAGAGUGGAAUUCACCUACAAUUAAAGAAUUCGAAAAAGGAUAAGGUUCAUGAACUAAACAAGAAAUAAAUAAAUAAUGUUUAUGAAUGUAA